AUGAUAACUGCUCAAACAACAAGUGCAGCAACGGUAAUUACAGAUUUGGAAACAGCACCUUUUCGGAGCACAGAUACACCAUUUACAACAGUACUGUCAACCACAGGCGCAAGUACACAGGUGAACACUGACAUCAUCGAGACAGCCCUUAUAACAGAAACUGUUGAUCCAAGUGCACCAACAGUUGCACCAGAAAUCCCUGAUCCAAGUACAUCAACGGUGACUACUAGACGGGAAGAGAUGUCUACUAAAGCGAAGGUUCCUACUACUAGCCCUCCUGAGCCUGAGCCACUCUCGGCUGGUGCUCUCGCAGGAAUUGUCGUCGGGUCAAUAGUAGGAGCUGCUGCCAUCGCAGGUGGAGUUGGAUACGCUUUGUAUCGUUACAAACACGGCAAAGGUGGCGCCGACGUAACGGGUGUCAGUGGGAAAAUGAACAUGGUAAAAAUUAAUGAAUAA